AUGGACGAAACCUCGGCAUCAGCACGGUCGCUACGGCACAAAAUCCAGAGUCUUGGGGAGACAUACACAACCCGAGAAUGGAGUGAAGAUGCCUCAAGAUUGCAAAAAAUAGCGUCCUCAAUUCAAACUGUGCCGGCUACAACAGAUGCUCAGUUCAACUCGACCUCUGAUGCGCUUGACAAGCUUGACAUGUUGGUUAGAGCCCACCUCAACCAUGGAAAGUGGGACGCCGCCGCCGAGUUGGCGUCUGUAGUGCUGGAAUAUCGCGAUUCCCUCCGAGGCAAAGAGGAUCCAAAGACUAUGAGUACAAUGAGCAGUCUAGCCUCGGCAUUUUGGGGAUUAGGUCAAUUCAAGGAAGCCGCCCAACUGGGCCUACAGGUAACGAACCUCCGAAAGAGAAUUCUAGGCGAAACAGACCCCCAGACCUUGAUUUCAAUGUCAAACCUUGCAUCUGCAUAUCGAGGUCAAGGCCGCUUGGAAGAUGCACGGGCACUUGACGCCCAACUUGUGGACUUGAAAUCAAAGACUCUUGGGGCGGAACACCGCUCCACGCUCAUCUCCAUGACAAAUCUGGCCACUUCCUAUGCGGAGCAGGGCAGAUAUCAGGAAGCAGAAGAAAUAAAUCGAAAAUUAGUGGAACGGGGAGAAAGGGUGCUAGAUGCAACGGAUCCUUCAAUGUUGACAAUCAAAUCAAAUCUGGCGUCCACAUACCGAGAUGAGGGCCGCUUUUCGCUUGCAGAAAAGUUGGAUCAAGAGGUUCUUAGAGCAAGACGGAAAUCCUUGGGGUCGCAACAUCCGUUGACUCUAGCUUCAAUAGCCAACUUGGCGUCAACAUAUCGUGGUCAGAAUAAAUGGACGGAAGCGGAGCGCCUGGAUCGAGAAGUAGUCGCAACAAGCGAGGCGACCUUGGGCCUCAAGCACCCACAGACGUUAAUGUCCCUGAGCAAUCUUGCUUCUUCCUGUCGUGGUCUUGGGCGCUUGGCAGAAGCGCAGGAUCUUGGGGAGAGGUCAUCAUUUGCCAUGAGGGAGGUAUUGGGGGAUGGCCACCCUCAUACUUUGACAGCACUAGCCGACCUCGCAGUAACCUAUCGAAUUCGUGGGAAAAUUAAUGAUGCUGCAACAUUGACUGCACAGGUGGCGGAGCUGAUGAACAAGUCAUUGGGCGAGGAGCAUCCUCAUACCCUGAGUGUCGUAUCCAAUCUCGGGUUCAUCUAUCAAUCCCAAGGGAAUUGGGAUCGAGCGGGCGAUGUUGCUGAAAGUGUUUACUCGCAGCGACGGAAGUUAUUGGGUCGCGAUCAUCCCGAUACCGUUGCGGCUCUUGAAGACGUGAGGCGAGUCGCACAGGUCGAGGCGGCAGAUCGGAACGCCACAAUAACGAUGUCAAAAUAG